AUGCUCGCCACAUCCGGCUUGACACUACUCUUCACUUUCGCGGCGACUGCUCUGGCUGGUCCAUUAUACUACUCAAACAUCAGUACGACCGUGUCCAUGUCUGCUGCCGGAAAUACCGCAACAAGCAGCGAUGCACUGCCGACCGCCUUUGUCUCGUCGGCCGCGGCUGAGACGAGCAACAAAGACACGACAACGACCAAUACAACAACCUCGGGGGCGUAUCUUGUGCCCAUUACGACUGUUUCGGCACAGAGCCUAGUUUCUACCGUGUCUCUGCCGACACGAAGUGAGACGACCUUCUUCAGCUACGACCCUUUGCCAAUCAACAGCUCUGGAGUGGCGUCUGCAAGCUCUUCAGCUUCACGAUCUAUCGUCACCAGCACGUCUACGGCAAGCACCACGACCCUCACCAUGUUCACCACGGUGCCGCCGGGAGGAAGCUCAAGUAGCCUUGCCAUGAGCAGCCUGCCUCCAACCUAUGCCUCGCCGUCCUCGGAAAGCACACAAAGCGUAUCGUCUUAUGUGCAUAGCUCCAUGGCAGCAAGCGCGACAUCAAUGGUAUACAAUAUCUCUACCAUAACUGCUAGUGUCCUCGAAAGCACAUCGUCCAUCAGCCGCGGGAACACGUCGACGAUGUCAUCUUCAACGAGCUCCUCCACUGUGACGUACGGCGGCUAUACGGUGACAUAUUCCAUCAGCAGCGAGACCGCCACUGCGCCCAUGACAAUCUUGCCCACCCCCGAAAUCUCUUCAACGAUAAGUGUGGGAUCAAGUCUUUCAUCAAGCACGACCUCAUCGUCAUCUGCUCCAGCAGCCUCUACUGAAAGCUCCGUAACGCUGCCAUACAGUUUCUCAUACAUCCCAGCGUCAACAGAGCAAGCAUCAACCACCACAACAACGACCCAGAGUCAAAACAGCAGUGCAGCACCUGAGCCAUCGUCUGACACCACCACGAGCAGCAGCUCCUCACAUACGAGGGCAUACCUAUCUCCGAUCACCAGCUCGCAGUCAGUACCAGAGCCGUCCGCAACCCCACCGUCCUUCACAUACUCGCCGUCAAGCUAUUCUGCGCAGCAACCUCACCCACACGAGCAUCCAUCAAGCGGAUUUCCUGGUCUUCCUGGGUUUGUGACGCAGACUCCGCCUCCGGCAGCCAGUCAGAGUGCAAUGGCCGGUAUCACGAUCGUACCAAUCAAUCCCAACGCGGUCACUGUGACGGUCACGACGACAGAGACAGAUGCUGGGAUGACUACAACGGUGGCGGAGAAGACAGUUACGGCUCGGGCUGGAUAG